AUGCAGCAGCAGGAAGCAGCAGCAGCAGCAGCAGCAGCAGCAGCAGCAGUUGCGGCGGCAGUGCUGGCUGUAGCAGCAGCAGCAGCGGUGGCAGUAGCACGCACAGGGAGGGACGAAGCAGCUGCUGCUGCUGCAGCAGCUGUUACUGCAGCAGCAGCAGCUGUUGCUGCAGCAGCAGCAGCAAACGCAGCAGCUGCCGCAGCCGCAGCUGCGGUGGCAUCUGUCCCGGGAGCCGAAUCGGGAGCUCCCGCGGCAGACGCUGCGUUUGCUGCUGCAGCAGCAGUUGCUGCUGCAGCAGCUGCUGCAGCAGUUGCUGCUGCAGCAGUUGCUGCUGCUGCAGCAGUUGCUGCAGCAGCAGCAGCUGCUGCAGCAGCAGCAGCAGCAGGGUGGCGAGGGAGUUGGAGUUGA